AUGUGUUGGAACCCCGAUACUCCUCCAGCCGCAGGUCCAUAUGCCCUUUGUUGGGAUGAGCCGAGCUCAUCACAGGUAGGCUCGGUCCCUGCAAUCACUGUAGAAGCAGCCACACCACUGGCUGCCGCUACAUAUGAUGUUUGCUGGGAUGGGGACCCUCAGUCGACAACAGCCGAUGUAGGCCACCCGUAUGACAUGUGUUGGGAUGACCGACCGGCAACCUCGGCCGCAGGAUACCAAGGUGGUUUUGACAUGUGCUGGGGAGAUGCCCAAUUAGGUGGAGAUGGUGACUGUGAAGGUCAUCUUACUGCGGCGCCCACCACCGGCUCGGUUAACUCAGGGGUGAACAACUCAGAAUCACCUGGGAGUCAAGAUAUUCAGGCAUCACUGGCACCCUCUUCAGCACCAAGCGAAGGCUCGACAAUAACACAGGUUGAAGCUGGGGAGGAAUUGUUGCGCCGAGCCGACAACCGGCUGGACAGACUUUGCGCCAUCCUGAGAGAUAAUGAAAGCGAGGCUGUCACGGAGAUCAUCCGUGCCAACCAGGCCUUGAUCACAAAUUAUCAAAACGCCCGCAACCAAUAUGUUACCGCCACCAAUGAUAUGGCCAAGAUUCAACACAUGCUGCAAAUGUUCAGGCAGAUUGAUGAUCCACUGACUGUCUUGGAGCUAGGUAGGAAGAAAGCAGGCGGCUGA